AUGACAUCUAAUGAUUGCGAGGAGAAUGCUGAAAUUGAUGAAUAUCAGAGAGAUGCCGAAUCGGUGGUCAACGUAGCAGGAUAUUUUAGCCAUGUGGACGAAUGUCAUGUUUUAACUGAGCAGGUUUCGAUGACAUACUCAUCUGGUACGUCAAAAACAAAACUAACGUGUUUCGAUGUUGGCCAUAAUUAUAUCGUAUUUGGGAGUAGCUGUGGUACUUUGUUCCCUUUCAAUCGUCGAUUAAAUCGCAGCGCUACCCCCUUACGAACAAAUACCGACGAUCUCAUUACAUGUGUAAAACUUUCCUCAGGAGAAUAUGAUUUGCUCGCCGCAGGGUAUAAUUCUGGGGGUCUUGCAAUACUGAAUUUCCCAACCGGGAAGCCCGGUUCGAUCAGAAAAUUGGAGCAAACUUUGUCAUUUGAUGGUCAUAAAGGGCAUGCGAUCAGUUGUAUUGCAUGGGCAGAAGAUGGAAAAAAAGUGUUUUCUGCCGAUGAUGCUGGCGUAGUGGUCGUCACUUCAGUCGAUUUUAUUCAUAAUGUCUUUCAAACAACAUUUAUCAGCCUCGAACAUUCCUGUGUGAUGCAGUUAACUCAUGCCUGCAACCUCUUAGCUCUCUGCACUAUCAGAAGAGUGGCUAUUAUUGAUGAAAAAUUUUUUGAUUCUGUGUUGGAAAUCGAUCAAGAUCAACAGAAAGUUAUCGGCAUACAUGUUAUGGUUGCUAAAUCUUGUGAAGCGGAAUUAUUUGUUCUUCAAUCAGAUGGUUUCAUAAUUAUUUAUGAUAUUUUCCAUGGUGAGAAAAAAGGAAGUUUCAGUGUAUCAAAGAACAUAAUGGCGGAGAUGACCACAACAGAUUUUUCAACUGCUAACAGGUUACAGCAAUGGAGAUCGUGCGUGUUAGCGGUGCAUUCGCAAAUUUUUAUAGUUUAUUUCUACAAUUACAUUGUUUUAUUGGAUUUUAAGGAUAAGUCUACAAUGUUAUCAUCAUUUGAUGUUGAUUCUCUUUUCCACGAUAAAACGUUUGAAAUAUUUGUUUGUGUUGAUCCAAAGUUUUCAUGUCUUACCAUUUAUGUCCUUGGUCCAGAUAAUCGUGUUUUUCGUCUCUCGUCGAACGAAGUUCCUUCGUAUCUAACAGAAAGCCGCGAAAUACCUAUGGAAUUCACUUCAAGAAAUUUCUUAACCUCUUUCCAAAAAGCCACUAAAUUACUGCCGAAUGCUUCGAAAGAUGUAUUUUUGGAUGGCUUAAAAGUGGCAAAGGAGAUGAAUAUCUUUUCUACGCUACGUAAUUUCUCCCUUCCAGCUUUGAAUAGUGUGCCUGAUCUGAAUUUCAUUCUCCAGGAUAACAGCCAUAAUUCUCUUUGUGAUCGGUCUUCGGAUACCAAUUCAGAUGGUAAUAAGUCGAAUAUCGUAGUGCAUCAGGACAAGAAUAAUAUUUCGAAGCAUUUUGAGCAGAUGCAAAUACAACGGAAUAAUAUUAUAAAAAAUGUCAACAGUGUGGCACGAACAUUAGUUGAUACAGUGGGUAGCUUUGGUACACAGGUCGAAGACGGCUUUCUAGUACAGCCCAUAUAUGACACUGAUACUGUGGACGUAGAAGAAACACUGUUUCCAGUUGAACAAGCUGGCAUUCUUCAAGAAAUUAUGGUACGUAGGACAAAGACAGCUCCUGCAAGUAAGCGGAAGAAAACUAAAAAAGUGAAUGAUAUCGAUAGACAUAGUUCAUUGGAUUCAUCUAAGGAGGAUCUGAUCCCUGUUGAUGAGCAUAUGUUGAAAAAUAUUAAAGGAGCACUUACAAUUCCUUUACAAAGUGGCAAAGUGGAUUCCCAGCCUCAGAGUGAUUUCCAUGAUGAUAAUAUUGAACAGAUAGCUGGCUUCAGCGAAGAGAGUCAAGAAGUGCCUUUGAAUGGUGAACUGAAUGAUGUUGAUGAUAUGAAAAGUGAAGACCAUGAUCCAGUAACAGGCACUUUAAUCCCUUAUUUAUUAGAACUCCGGGUUGAAACAAUCAUUUUAGAACAACCCUCGACAGAAAAUAUAACAAAUUCGUCAGUGCAGGAAAUACCGGGAGAAGGAAACGCUUAUGAAUUUUUAAUGAAGGACGCGCUAGAGAGAAAACCUUCUGUUUUUGAGGGACCAACAACCAGUACCAUAUGUUGCCCGAAUGAUGAACAGCUGAUCAAAGACAUUGUUGUCAUGAAUAACUUCAGUGAUAUUUGGAGCGAGAUAAAGUUACCAUAUUCCUGUUCAUCUUUUUCUGUUUCGUCUCGAUAUCUCAUUAUUUGUCAUUCAAAAAGGAAGAGAAGACCUUGUUACUUACCCAUUCCAUAUUGCGGCACCCCACAGUGGAUCAAAUUGAAGCAAAAGGCUGAUCAUUUUGUUGUUAAUGAUAAUGGCGUCUUGGUUUGGAAAAUUCUUAAAAAUGUCGCAUUUGCACCUGUGGAAAGUAACAAUGUAUCUGGUUCGUUUUUAACAACUUCACACUGGAUUGUCGUUGCUGAUGAAGGUGGUGGUGUUAUUGAAGUCACUUUAACUAGUCGUUCAGCUUGGUAUAUAACAAAGUCAGGGGAGGUUUUUGUGCAGCUGUGUUUGCCGGAAAUGGGAAUUCUCAGUAGAUGUGAAACGUCAUGGCCAUUGCAUUCUAUUACUGCAAGUGAAGUGGCAGUUUGGGCGCUACAAGUUGAGUCAGGUCGUCUUGUAGUGCGCACUGGACUAAAAUAUAGUCCAGUUGGAUUGGAUUGGGUUGAAGUUGUGCCUCAUGGUCCUGUACGUUUGAUUAGUAUUUGUUUAUAUGGCCAGAGCGGUUGGGCAAUUGAUGAAAAGCGUUCAUUGUGGUUUACAAUUGGUGUGGGAUAUGAAAGCCCAUUUGGUUGCACAGGAAGCUGGAUGAAAGUUUAUAAUCCGUGGGAUGUUUCACCGGAUAUUAAUCGGUUGUUGGCUCUGCCAUGGGUUAUUCGCGUCUCUUCGGCCGGAGUUUUUGUAUGUAUCGAUCAUAAAUGUUAUUGGUCCUCUAGCACUGGCGUUCUUUCUGGGCAUCGUCUGGAACACCUUGUGCGCGACAAGCUCUCAGUGGCUAACAAUUUUGAAUUAAUAGCAGGUGGAGGUUUGAAAGAAGAUUUUGAUUGUUUAACAUUAUGUCGAAUUAACGAAAUAUUUCUUUAUCGAUUGAAAAAUAACUAUUUCUAUUCUUUACCAGCCUUUCCAGCAUCAUUCAGUUCAAACAUAAUUGAAAUAUCAUCUUUUGACGAGAGCGUAUAUGUGUUGGAUAGUUCCGGUUGUAUAUACGUGAAGGAAAAUAUAAGUACUGUUUCUCCAUUUGGUGUUGACUGGAAAAUCUUAGACACAGGCCCUUGCGGUUCACCAAUAAUAUCAUUUACGGUUACAUCCCUUUCAUUGUGGGUAGUUACGGCAGCUAGCGAGGCUUGUUUAUACGUAAGAAAUGAGAGGAAGGAACCACUAGUUGGUACAAACCCUACAUGGAUUCAUGUGAAGGCUUUAGCUGCUUGUGUAUUCGAUAAGAUUCGUGCAUCCUCUAAUGGAGUUUACGUAUGGGUCUUUUCAAAGGAGAGUGGGCGUGCAUGGGCUCGUAAUUCUAUUACGGAAGCGCUUCCGUCUGGAAAGUCAUGGACGGAGGCAAGUGAUGAGUUUGGUGUUCAUGAUUUGGCGGUGGGAUGUAAAAUAAUCUGGUCUCUUUCCGCUUCUGGACAGCUUCAUAGGCUUCAAGGUCUUGCUAUCGGUAAUCCAACUGGAAAUUAUUGGAAAGCAGUUCCACUUUAUUUGAAAACGAUAACUCUUGAUAGGAAAGAACGGUUAUGGGGCAUCGAUUUUAACAAGCGAUUGGCUGAACUAUAUCCUCCUGUCAGCAGUCGUCAGUUGAUGGUCUGA